CCUACCCUCGUCCGUGAUACAGCAGUGCAGCCAUGGCAGAGCCGCAGCCCGCGUCAGGCGGCCUUACCGACCAGGCUGCCCUCGGUUGUUGCUCGGACCCGGACCCCAGCACCAAGGAUUUUCUGUUGCAGCAGACCAUGCUGCGAAUUAAGGAUCCUAAGAAGUCUUUGGAUUUUUAUACUAGAGUUCUUGGAAUGACGCUACUCCAAAAAUUAGAUUUUCCCACCAUGAAAUUUUCACUCUAUUUCUUGGCUUAUGAGGAUAAAAAUGACAUCCCAAAAGAUAAAGAUGAAAAGGUAGCGUGGGUGUUCUCCAGAAAAGCUACAUUGCAUAUCGCGCUGAUUAGUCACAUCGGAAUUGCAGUUCCUGAUGUACACGGUGCUUGCAAAAGAUUUGAAGAACUGGGAGUCAAAUUUGUGAAGAAGCCUGACGAUGGUAAAAUGAAAGGCCUGGCAUUUAUUCAAGAUCCUGAUGGCUACUGGAUUGAAAUUUUGAAUCCUAACAAAAUGAUAACUAUUAUUUAGGUCUGUGAGAAUACUGCUUUGAGAUGUCCAUAAAGAUACCGUGGGAGUUAAAAAAGAGAGACAGGGAAACUGGAUAUAUUCAGAUAACAGAAGCAUCGAGGACUGAUGGUUCAUUGUCUCAAUUCAAAUUAUUCUUAAGUGCAUUUCCCUUCCUGUGUCAGCUGUGCUUUUCACCGACCUGAUCAGUCCCUCUAGUUUUAAAGUAGUGCUUUGCCUUGUGUCCUUGAAUGUGGUUGUGUAACAUUAGUUUUUUAGGUAAUAAUUAGAACAGUUCCCUUCAGAGGCCGCAUUUGCCUUCUCCCUCCUAACCUGACUUCUCUCCACGUCUGCCUUUCAAUCAUCAUUUUUAAAAAAAACACAUUUAACAUGUUUCCUUCUGGGGUUUCAGUCCUCAGAAAUAACGUUUCACAGUGGAAAGUAAAGAGCACUGAACAAAAACAAAACUUGAUGUGCACUUCAAAUAGUAUAAAGCGUUUAUUUUACAAGAGAGAAGGCACUCUUGGGAGGAACUCGGAAUCAUGCUGAGGAGGAUGCUGACAGAAAGACUAAUUUCUUCUUAUGUAUAAAGUGCUUUCGAAGUUCAA